UUGGAAACCAGUCAAAUGUAACAGCAAUGGGAAACCAGUCAUAUUCCACGGCGGCAGCCAAUCACAUCCAUCAGAAUGCUGACAUUAUAGGAAACCAGUUAAAUUCCUCUACGAGGGGAACCCAGAGAAAUGCAACCAUGAAUAACCAGACAAACACAAAUGUUGUGAGCACUAAUCAGUCAAAUGUUACCUCAACAGCAACCCCGUCAAAUAACAACGCGCUUGCACCUCAGUCUAACACUGCGGCGAUAGCAGUCCAGUCGAGUGUCUCAACGAUGGAAAGCCAAUCAAAUACCAGCUCGAAUGGCACCACGUUGAAAAACCAGGGAGAUGGAGACACCGCGAUGGGAAGCCAACUUAAAGCCCUUACAUCACUGUCAUCAUUUGUUCUCUCAAAUUCACUCCCUGGAAUGACGGCCAGUCAACGCAUUCGGCUUGAAAUGGCCAAGAUAACUGAACAAACCUUGCCAGAUGAUCUAAACUUGCCAAUAUCGCGCGAUGAGCUCAUUGCCUUGCAAGCCAAGUCCACUUCUACGAUGAAUUUUGCCGUGCGACUGUUGCGCGAAUUGUUCACGCGAGAGGAGCUAAUUGGAAGAAACAUUUCUGGAGUCCGAGGUAAAGACAGAGUAGAUCCUGCCAGGAUUGCAAUAAUCAAAGAAAUCGUGUUCAAGAUUUAUCGAACAUCGCCAUCAGACAAAGAACUGCUGUGGAGGUAUUGCCACAAAGCGAUGGAUUCGUUUUUGCGUAAGAUGCAACGCCCAAUUGUGAUUCAAGACCAGGAAUCUACGUCGUGAUUUCUUGCCUUUUUUCGGUGUACAAAAUAAUCAAAGGGAACCGAGCGUCAAAACAAAUGGGUUUAUAAGAGAGAAAAACACUAAAAGAGUGACGAUAAAGUGAUUAUAAAAAGGAAUACAUCACUUGCAAAAAUAUUUCGAACGAUUUUAAUUUCGGACAUAAAAAGUGUCCAAAAAUAAAACCGUCCGAAAUUUUUAAGCGUCCGAAAUA